UAGAAAUUUAAAUUUUGGCCUUCCCUAUUGCAAAAUAGAUUUUGUUUUAUAAUAUUACAGUAGGAUCAACUUUGAUAGUUAGUAAAUGUUAUUCAAAUAUUGUAUGAGCCGUACUGGUUUCGUAGGAUAUAAUUAUGGUUUCUAUCUUUGACGCUAUCACAAAUUUUGGCGCGAGUGUAUUUGAGCUCUGACUGUCACUGUAUAGUGUAUAGGGUUUGACAGUCGUAAAACGUAGUUUAUUAUGGAUGGCGAUAUGCAGAAGUUCCCACAUGAGUGGUUAAAAGAAAAGCUUGGGAGCUUGUAUGAAGUGCCACAUACUGUAUCAGCUGAAGCAAUAGAAACUUUGACAAAACUGAAGGAAAUAAACUUGGAAUCUGAUAAUGAUGCUGAUCAGAUAAUUAUGUACAUUGAGAAAUUAACCAAGGAAAUUAAAUCUGAAGAUGAGAAAAUCCAGUCUGUGUUGAAAAAGCUUGGUCUCAGUGUAUCUGAUUUGGAAGAGAAAUCAAAGGAUGCAUUGGAGGAUCUUGUUGCCUAUCAGAUGAAAUACAACCUUAGAGAUACCAGUAAAACAACGAUGUUGCUUGACAGAGUUGAAAGGAUGCAGAAGGAAGCAGAAGAAGCCAGGUCUUCAGCUUGCUUGAAGAGAGAAAAAGAGAGAUUAAAUUUUAUGACAGAGCGCUUGCAAAAUGCAACGGAAGAGUUAGAAAUCCAAAGAACGAAGGAAGAGCAACAUUUAGAUAUAUUGCUUAAAGAAGUGGACAAAAAAAAGACUGAAUCAACAGAAAUGUCAUCUGAAAUAGAGAAAUGCAAGAGUGAACUUCAUGAACUGCAGAUGCAGUUGAAUGCUUUGAAUGUGACUGACAGACCAGUGCACAGAAGAGUUCUUGAUAAACUUAAAAAUGUUGAUAUGAUGAAAAAACAAAUUGUAGAAUGUCAGACACAGUUGAAAAAAUACAAGGGGCUUCCUCCUGACUUUUUUGAAGCAAGAAAGAAGCUUGCAGAUAUGCACAACAAAUUACGUGAGGUGGAAAAGGAAGUUCUUGACAAAAUUUUAGGGAAAAGUAACUGCACUAUGCCUUCUCCUUUCCCCUCCCCACAUUAAGUUUUGUAUAUAAGGUUUCCUAAAAUAUUUUACAUAUGUAUUGGUAUGGAAUAUAGUGUUACAUAAAGUGAGUAAAAAAUU